AUGGCUCUGCCACUUGGUAUUCCCACUGCUAGAAUGACUAUAAAAUGGGGGGUACCCGCGGAGACAAAGCAUAUCGCUUUACAUUUUAGUCUUAGAAUUCAUCUAAGGCUGUUUGCAAUGGCUGGCAGAGCUUAUGAGCCAAGUGCUUGCUGUGUGUUGUUCUUCUUAUUGUUGUUAUCUUUUGCAGCUGAAGCGAAGGAGCAUAAUUACACAUGGAAAGUAAAUUACCAGACAUGGGCUCCUGAUUGCGUGCAGGUGAAUAUCAUCUCUAUAAAUGAACAAUACCCGGGCCCAACCAUCAGAGCCAGACAAGGGGACAACAUUACCGUGAAGUUAGAAAACUUGAUGCCCACUGAAAACGUUGUUGUUCACUGGCAUGGCAUCCGACAGAACGGUACUCCCUGGGACGACGGAACGGCUUCCAUGUCGCAAUGCGCAAUCUAUUCAGGCGAUACCUACGUCUAUAACUUCACUGUGGACAGCCCGGGGACGUACUUUUAUCACGGGCAUUAUGGUCUACAGCGGACAGCGGGGUUAUAUGGAAUGCUGAUAGUGGAUGCGGCGGGAAAAGAACCCUUCAACUACGAUGGUGAGCUGACUAUCAUUUUAAGCGACUGGUGGCACAAGAGCACAUACGAACAGGCGGUGGGCCUCUCUUCCAAUCCAUUAGUAUGGGUUGGGGAGCCUCAGUCACUGCUGAUAAAUGGCACGGGACAAUUUAACUGUUCAGCAACUAACAAGUACUGCAAUGCUACAAACACACAAUGCUCGCCUCUCGUCUUGCCGGUGCAACCUGGGAAGACAUAUCGUCUCCGUAUUGCAAGUGUGGCAUCUCUUGCAGCCCUCAACUUUGUGAUUCAGGGACACAACAUGACGGUUGUCGAGGCAGAUGGACAUUACGUAGAACCAGUGGAAGUAGACAACCUGGAUGUAUACUCUGGUGAAACGUAUUCUGUUCUCAUCACUGCAAACCAGGACCCUUCUCAGAACUACUGGGCGGGUGUGAACGUGAGAGGCAGAGACCCCAAGACGCCCACUGGGCUGGCCGUACUGAACUAUCUUCCAGAUCUCCCAACCAAACUCCCCACCGGACCAUCUCCCACGAGCCCCCAGUGGAAUGACUACGCCUACAGCAAAGCUCUGGCUAAGAAAUUUGUGGCUCUCAAAGACCACGAAGAGCUUCCCCCACUACAGUCCGAUAGGCAGCUGAUCCUUCUGAACACGCAAAACAAGAUCAAUGGUUACACAAAGUGGGCGAUCAACAACAUUUCGCUCCUGCCUCCUCCAACUCCCUACUUAGCUGCCAUGAAAUACAAUAUCACGGGCGCCUAUGAUACCACCCCUCCUCCGGACGUUUACACUCCUCGUGACUACAACAUCACCAUUCCUCCGCCUAAUCCCAAUGCCGUCGAAGGGAACGGCGUGUACGUCUUCAAAUUGAACUCUGUUGUCGAUGUGAUUCUUCAGAAUGCGAAUACUCUGACUCCCACCAUCAACAACAGUUCAGAGAUACAUCCAUGGCAUAUGCACGGUCAUGAUUUCUGGAUUCUGGGAUAUGGAGAUGGCGUGUUUGACCCCGUAAACGACCCUCCAAAGUAUAACAUGGCCAACCCUCCACUCCGUAACACAGUGGCACUGUUUCCAUACGGAUGGACGGCCAUUCGGUUUAGAGCCGAUAAUCCAGGAGUAUGGCCCUUCCACUGCCAUUUGGAGGCCCACUUCUUCAUGGGGAUGGGAGUGAUGUUUGCAGAGGGAAUAGAUAGUGUAGGAGAGUUACCCAAUACAGGGAUGGGGUGUGGCCUGACCAAGAAUUAUAUUCACAUGCACCACUAAUCUCUCUACCUGGCUCGCCACCUUUUCCAAAAUAAUGGCCAUCAAUUCCAU